AUGAUACCUGCACUACUUGGCGCGUUAAAGGCUUCCUCAACCAUAGAAUUUGCUCGCACAGCAGGACGGGUGGCACUAACGUUGGUCCCCUUGCUGUUAUUCAAAAAUCGGUUCGCGCGCAAGUAUAUCAAGCACCAUGCACGCUUCCAUGACGGCCAGCCGGUGUCGGAAGAGAAAAGGGCCCUUUUGCUACGGAGGAUACGCUCAAAUACCCUGGCUUUUCAUAUGCUAUUAUUCGUUCCCGUCGCUCUCUUCUGGGUUGCAAUCCUUGCCAGUGCGGAACAGACGCCCAUCACGGGACGGUGGAGACUCAUUCUCCUUUCUCCAGAAGAGGAAGAUGACAUCGCAGCUCAACUUGCAGGGACCCAGUGGACUCGAGCCGUUUUAAGUGUACUAUCCUCUGACGGUCCUCCCAAGUUAAUCCCGGAGAACGACUGGCGAUAUCAGUGGGUACGGGAGACCCUACGAAGACUUGAGAAUGCCAUCCCUGUUCUGCAGCACGAGCACAAAUCCAGUGAUCAUUGGCUUGAGAGAGCAGCUGAUCAGCCCCCCUUACCUCCCCCUGCCGUCCAUCCGUUACGCCCUCGCCCGCGUGCAUCAGAUAGGGUGAGGAAGUUCAGUGAUACCUUGUGCGGCAAAAGAUCUUCGUCCUCUGCUCAUGUCAUUGCGGGUCCUCCAUACUCGUUACUCAUUGUUGAUAAACCUGAUGCUGCUAACGCCUUUUCUUACGGAUUUGGGCCAGACGGCGCAUCCGGCAUCGUCAUAUAUUCUGGUUUCCUUGACGACAUUCUCGCGAAGAGCUCUGAUGAUAAUACCACUACCCUGCAACAGAAGCCCGAAGAAACCUCCGGGUGGGCCCAACUGUUCGGCUCACUUUUUUCUGUCUCGGCGUCGAAUUCGAAUGCUCAUCCACACCCAGCUCCUACGAAGGAUCAGACCGACGACUUAGCGAUUCUCCUGGCACACGAAGUGGCCCAUUUAGUUCUCUCCCACCAUCUAGAGACCCUAUCAUCAGGCUCUAUCAUCGUUCCGGCAGUCAUUUCUAUGCUUGCCGACAUCGCCCGCACUCUUCUCUUCCCGAUAACUAUGCUCUUUGGACCCUUCGUUAACGAUGCCGUUGCCCAGCUAGGGAAGGCUGGUUCUGGCGAGCUGACAAAGCUUGGCGAAUAUUGUACCAGUGUAUCGCAGGAGAUAGAAGCCGAUAUUGUGUCUGCCCGACUCUUGGCUCAUGCGGGUUUUGAUGCCCGCCAAGCAGUCGCUUUUUGGGAGAGUCGACAAAACUCGACAGGGGCUGCGGACUGCUCUUCGGUUGCGCGCUCGGAUUCUCCUGAUGCAGGCUGGGCCCUAGCCCACCGCAUAAUGGGCGCCUCUCACCCUGUGAAUAACGUGCGUAUCGAAAGGCUGAAGGAUGAACUCGUAAGAUGGGAACUAGAGAAGAGGGUAGCUUUAAAACAACGGCAAGUUGGAAAACCAGCGGAAAGGUCAAUUGUGGGUUUGCUAUAG